GCUUCCGGUGUAGGCGGGAUAAAUACCGGAAGCGCGUGCGGGAGAGGCCGCGGGAAGUGGCGGGACCCCCCAGAACCUCCCGCGCCCCCCCCGCGACCCCCGGGGCUCCCCGGCCGCCAUGGCGGGGCAGGCGCAGGAGCCGGUGACCUUUGAGGACGUGAUGAUGUUCCUGAGCCGGGCCGAGUGGGACGCGCUCCCGGAGGGGCAGCGGCAGCUGUACCGGGACGUCGUGGCAGACACCUACGAGCUCCUGUCCUCCCUGGGUUAUCCAGGCCCCAAGCCCGACAUCCUGCACCGGCUGGAGCGCGGGGAAGAGCCCUGGAUCUACCCAUCCCCAGGACACACCGGGAGCUGGCUGGAGGAGCCUUCCUCUGGCUGGUGGCCUGAAGCCAGUGGGUACCAGGAGCCAGAGACCUCGUGUCCAGCAGGAUGGAACAUGUGGAGUCUCCAGGACAGGAUGUUCCAGAAGUUUGACUGUCACAAGGGAAGGAGCGAAUUUGUGUCGGUAGCGGACAGUGGAGUGGGGACCCAAGCCCAGCCAUGGCUUGUGAAGGAGGAAGUGGAGGAUAAACCUGAACUCAUGGAAGACCUAACCCAGAGUGAGACAUUCCUGAUUCAUUCCAUGAUGGAACAGCAGAGCCUGGAUCCUCGGGAACAGCUAUGGGAUGACCUCAGGGAGCAGAACCACGGGAACACCCAAAACAACGGACACACUUUGGGAGAGGUGACACUUCUGGCAGGAACCGGAGAGCUGAGGGUGGAGGAGCGGAGAGCAGCAGCGGCCAAGGACCACAGCUACUGCCUUCGGAACGAGCCGGCACCGCCCUACGGCCCCGGGCCCUGCUCCCUGUGGGAACACAACUACUGCCAGCAGCGCCGGGCCCGGAGGAGCCGGCUGGCGCGGCAGCGAGCCCGCUGCAUCAGGGUGCUCCGCAGAGCCAGGGACGUCCUGCGGCGCUACCGGCCCUACCGCAGGCCGGGGCUUCCGUGGAGAGGCUGCUCCAGCUGCUGUGCCACCGCUGCACAGGGGACGAACCCCGGGGCUUGCCCUGCGACGGAUGCGGCUGAGCCGUGCAAGAUCCGGAGCACCGGGAGCGCUGAGGGGGUGACAUCAGACACGCAAGAUGCCCCGGGGCGGAUUUUGGGAAGUGGGGCUUCACCCCCUGCCCCAAUCGUGGCUGAAGGGAUGAGGAAAGGAGCAGAGCCUGUGGAGGAUCCUGGAGCCAACCAGGAGUUGGAAAGGCGUGCAGGACCCCGGAAAUCCCGGGUGUCGGUGAUCCAGGACAUGAUCCAGGAUGUGCUGAAGGUGGUCGGGUACAUGUUGGAAUCCCUGUGCCAGAGGUUCGAGGUCCAGGGGUUCUCCCAAGUGAAGAGCAUUUGGCCCAUCGUCAUCCAGAUCGACAACUUGACGGAGAUCGAGAAGCCCUGACUCCCUGGGGGGAAACUGGGAUGGGAUUCCCUGAGGCUCAGCACUCAUUCCCCGCCAAUCCCAGGGGGUUCAGGAGGACAAACAUGGUAGAGGAGGAUUGGGGGAGGUAAAACUGAGAAUGUGGGGCCUGUCAUGAAUUGGGAUUAAUUGAGAGGCUUUGGAGAAAAGCAGUUAUGGGGACAGAGGGAAGCUCCAACAGAUUAAAGCAAACUGAACACCAUGGAUUCAUUCACUUUCCCAUUUUUCCAUGUAAAAGGGGGUGGCAUGUGGAAAAUCUGGGAUGCCUGAAUUAGGGAUGCUCCCGCCAUUUUGGUUUUGGCAGUGGGAUGUUCCUGACAGCUGAGGGGUUUUGACUUUGAGGCUUCCAACAUUCUCCUUCCAGCUUCCCAAACAGUUUUGAGGGAGCUGGAGGGGUUUAUCCUGGAGGACGCUCAGGGGGCACCUUCUGGCUCCCUGCAAUUCCCUGGACAGAGGUUGGAGCCAGGAGGGGUCUGGCUCUGCUCCCAGGUGACAGGACAAGAGGGAAGGGCCUCAAGGGGAGGUUCAGGUGGGAUAUUGGGAAAAUUCCUCCUGGAAAGGGCUCUGCAGCCCUGGCACAGCAACCCAGGGCAGAGGUGGAGUGCCCAUCCCUAGAAGGAUUUCAAAGCCUUGUGGAUGUGGGGACACCUGGGGACAUGGGGCACCGCUGGGCUUGGACUCGGGCAUCUGUGAGGGCUUUACUGAUCUUAACAAUUCUGUGAUUCUGCAAUUCCUGUAAUGACAUUCCCGCCUGCCAGUGCUGGCGGAUGGUGAAACGGAACUUUAAAGCCAAUAAAACCGGUGAAAUGUCUAAGCAUCCACUUUGUCCC